AUGCCACUGACGGCGGCCGAAAUCAUCGCCCACCCGGCCUUUGAUACCGUCGAAUGGCACCUCGAACCCGCGAGGUCCGGGUACUGCGAUGUGGCCAGGGCGAGGCACGGUGGGCCGUUCAAGCUGUACUGGGAGAUUCAUGGCCAGGGGGAUAUUAAGCUGGUGUGGAUCAUGGGCCUCGCCGCCUACCGCACAGCCUGGAAGCGACAGACCAAGUACUUUGGACAUGACCGGUCGGACAAGUACUCGUGCUUGGUGUUUGACAACCGCGGAAUGGGUCUCAGCGACAAGCCUUCGUGUCGAUAUUCCACGUCCGAGAUGGCCCGCGAUGUGAUUGACAUGCUCGAACACGUGGGCUGGUUAUCACCCUCCUCGACUACAUCUCCCCAUCACGUCGCACGGGCACAUGCACACGCACACGAACCAGCGAAAACGAUGGACACCGUCCCGCCUCCCAAACGAGACCUACACUUCAUCGGCGUCAGUAUGGGCGGGAUGAUUUCGCAAGAAGUGUCGCUGCUGAUCCCCCACCACGUGGCUUCGCUCUCGCUGAUAUCGACGGCGCCGCGCCUCGUGCGCACCGUGCCCUUUAUCCAGAACCUGCGGCAGCGGAUCAACAUGUUCAUCCCGCGCGACAUUGACGUGCAGCUGGACGAGAUCGCGCACCGCCUCUUCUCGGACGAGUUCCUGGCCCUGCCGGAUACGGAGUACCCGGACGACCCGACGCGCAAUUUUCCGACGAACCGCGACCGCUUUGCCGCCGGCGAGCUGCAGAAGCGCAUGGACCGCCACGGUUUCACCAAGAAGGGCUUCGUGCUCCAGGCUAUCGCUGCAGGGUGGCAUCACAAGUCGGCCCAGCAGAUCCGCGCCCUGGGCGACGUGGUUGGUCGAAGUAGGAUCGCUGUCGUCCACGGCACUAGCGACCGCAUGAUCGAUUUCCAUCACUUUGAAUUGUUGCGCGCCGAGUUGUCCCUCGAAGAAGAAGUGGGCGCCAACACUGAUGGCUCAGAAUCUUCUUCGGGACCUGGAUCCUGUACAUUCAAGGUCUGGGAAGGCAAAGGCCACGUCCUGGUCUGGGAGGUCGAAGACGAAUUCAAUCGCUUUCUGGAGCACCACUUCGACACGUGCGCCAAUAUCGAGGGAUAG